GUCAGAUCAGGUGAAGUGGCGCGAAAGAAAUGUCCAGUGAAAGCCGAAAGGGUAGGGUAUUCAGUAGAGUAUAUGCUGUGUGCUCGCUGGCUCUUCCCUGUCCGUUAAACUCCCUCCUCAAUUCAAGAUAACACCCGCCAGCCCUCAUCGCCGCCGCUCCAAACCUCACGAUGUACAGCUGCGGCCGGGGCCUCCCGUCUUGGCCCAGCCAGCCGCUGAUUCAACCCGGCUUCCCCAAUCCUCAAGCUUUCUUCUGUGCUUGCAAAUCCACCGUUAACUCGCCGGAGCAGACGACGUCAUCCUUACAAACCCGCUCGGAUGGCCGUCGAUGGUCCGAGCGCCAAUGGUACAAUCCUCUCGGCCGCCUCUGGAUCGACGCGGACCACCGUCCAAUUGCAUCAUCAUCGCAAGAGAGAAUCACCGUUGUCUCGUAUAACAUACUGGGGGAUCGAAACGCUUUCAAUCACAGAGACCUAUACCUGGAGGUUCCUUCUGCCUACUUGAAUUGGGAUUAUCGCAGAAGGCUCAUUUGCGAGGAAUUAACUGGGUACGAUUGCGAUGUCAUCUGUCUACAGUGUGUUCAUUCUUACGACAGGAGGUGGAUAGGUACGUUGAUUUACUCAAAGUCAUGCAGAAAGCUGGGUAUGAGGGUUCCUAUAAGAGGUGUACUGGGGAUAAGGUUGACGGAUGUGCUGUGUUCUGGAAAGCUGAUAAGUAAGGAAGUCAAACUAAUAUGGAUUGCUUUGUUUAGCUGCGACUUGUCGUCUAAGAGGUUCGCUUGUGGUGGUAGGUUGCGUCUUUUAGAAGGAGAGAGCAUCGAAUUUAAGCAACUUGGUCUUCGCGAUAAUGUUGCUCAAAUCUUUGUUUUUGAGUCUGUCAUCAGCUCGAUCCUUUAUAUGUCUGACUUCCUUGUUUACAGACAGACCUCUGAAGCUGAAUCAAGAAGGAUUGUUAUCGGUAACAUCCAUGUGAUCUAUCGUCCAAGUCGAGGAGAUGUCAAAUUAGGCCAAAUUCGUUUUCUCUCUUCGAGGGCACAGUAUCUCUCAGAGAAAUGGGGUAACGUCCCUGUUAUUUUGACCGGUGACUUCAAUAGCACUCCCCAGCUCAAUGUAAAGUUGCACGAUAGAAAAAACUUGUCUGGACAGAGGAACUUCCAUCCCACUGAAGUUUUCGGUGCCAAAAGAGAAGCUGGAAGUCCCUUUGUAUUAAUAGACAGGUUUCUCGAGAGUUCCUGGACAGCUGAGGAAGUUGAGGCUGCAACUGGCCACUCUAACCGUGAUUUUGCUAAACACCCUUUGAAGCUCUGCAGCUCCUAUGCCACAGUUCAUGGUUCCAAAACGACAAGAGACCUCAGUGGUGAACCUCUAGCAACAUCAUUCCACUCAAAAUUUGUUGGGACUGUUGACUACCUGUGGCAUUCUAGUGGAAUUCAGGCCACCGGAGUUCUCGAUACUCUUCCGUUGGAUUUCCUCAAGAGAAUAGGCGGUCUUCCUUGCAAGAAGCUAGGAAGUGAUCACUUAGCUCUGGUUUCAGAAUUCGCCUUCACAGAAGUAACAAAAGAAGCCAUCGAAACAGAUUAAUCUGCAAGCUCAGCAUCUCCUAAGAUGGAUGGAAUUCUACUAUGAAGCUUGCAUAGGCGGAGCCGUGUGUUGUAUAUGUGUGAACGAGCCGGUGAUGGCUAUUUCAGCUUAAUCUUAUGUCUCGAGUUUGAAAUUUGUUCAGAACAAGAACCACCAUUCCUUGAAUUUUUUCCUCUCUUCUUAACUUUUUUAUUUUUAUUUUGAGUGAGACAAAUUUAAGGUAUGAGAUUAAAAGUUUUUCAGUUUUUCUUACUUUUUUUUUUAAUCGGUUUGUAUCUGUUUUAACUUAGAUUUUUUUUUAGUCGAACGCUUCUCA